AUGUGGACUCCUGAGUCUGAUGCAGAUGUUCUGGUGAUCCAAAAACAGAGUUUUCAUGGGUUAGAGGAGGUCCCACUGUGUCUUAAUGUGGGGAAAGAGGUUGGUGAAGUUCUGUUCUGUGACAUGACUUUCGAGAUGUCACAGAACGGAUUGCGGGGCGUGAUGGAGGCCGGCGGCUUCCAGAGCCAGCUGCUGGCCGUCAUGGAGGUCCUGGCCAAGGCGGCCGUGGCCGAGAUAAACCGGCGGGUGGACGACAGCUGCGCGGUGCUCCGGCUGGAGGUGAGCCAGAGCCGACGGGACAUCGAGCUGCUGAAGAGCAAGUGUGAGGCGCUGGAGGCUGAUCUGAGGAGGAGCAGGAUGAGAGCCCGCAGGAAAGGUGCUGCCCCUUCUCCCUUCACUCCUCUAGUCCUUCUGACUGAAUCCCCACAGGGAAACGAAUUCUCCAUAUCCUUUAUGGACAUGCCACCCUAUGAUAAGCAGGAUGCGUGCAGCCCUCCUGCAGACGAGACACUUCCCAGCUCAGCCAAAGAGGCUUUUCCCAACGCGGCCAGCGCAGACUGGGACCCCCCGAUGGAGGUUGAGAAUGUACCUCAACAGUGUGCGGACGUGGAGGCUGCAGACGAAGCCCAGCACAUACACAUCAAAGAGGAGUUGAAGGAGGAGGACAUGUGGAGGACCGACCCAAAGGACAAAGAGAUCUCAGAAGGCGAGCAGCUGCCCCAGUUCGGGGCCACGCCCCCCCCCCAGGAGGACUUCUACCUGGAGAGCCACGGCUCGGCCCAAAACCCGGCCCACCCCGAGGCCCUGCUCUCCCCAGGGGAGCGCUACCAGGUUUAUCCGGAGCAGCGCGAGGAGUCUGCGGGGGGGGUGAAGCGCGAGCGGCCGGAGGGGGCCAACGGCACAGACCCCCGCUUUGUGGAGGAGGACGAAGAAGAGGAGGAGGAGGUGGAGGGGCAGCUGUGGUCCCCGGCCGGCCUCCCGUUCCCCGGGCCCCAGAUCGAUCCGGCCCCCGCCCGCUUCCCCCCCCGAUCUCACUCCGCCCUGCUGAGCGCGGCCAGAGCGAGGCGGCGUGCGCGGACGUUUGCCUGCAGGAGGCUGCAGCCGGAGGACGGGCCCGCCGCCCCCCCCCCGCUCGCCCCCCCCCGGCCCCCCCCCUCAACGCACGCCGACCCGGACGGGGAGCCGGCCGUCUCGCUGUUCAGGCCCGGCCACGGCGGCGUGGGCCUUGGCGUGGGGGUGGGGGGGUUCCUCUUGACCAGGAGGAUGCGGGCGGCGUGGCGGCCCGGCCACGGCGAGAAGCGCUUCAGCUGCACGUUCUGCGACAAGAGCUUCAUGCGCUUCAGCCAGCUGAAGGAGCACCUGCGCAGCCACACGGGCGAGAAGCCCUUCAGCUGCGCGCAGUGCGGCCGCAGCUUCACCAAGCAGUGCAACCUCAUCCGCCACGCCGUGGUGCACAGCGGCGAGAAGCCCUACCAGUGCGCCCAGUGCGGGAAGUGCUUCACGCAGCGCUCCAGCCUCAAAAAACACCCCAAAGGGGUCCAGAUCGAUGACCUGCGCUGCUGUGGGAACGCCACCGGUGAUUUGGGGUUUUCAGAGGCUCACCACAGGAACACACUCCCUCCUCCAUGCCUCAUUAAAUAG